GAGGGGGUGCCUGCGCCAGUGUAUGUCAUCGUUGACGGGCCAGAACGGUCACCGUGGAUGUCAGAGAAGCGGGUGAAUUUUGGCCCCGGGAUCGAGAAGGGCCAAGGCAAAUUUGGGGUGUUGCAGGUGACAGGAGAAAGGGAGGGGUCCCGGAAUGCCUGGGGGCUUUGGUCCUUUGAAGUAUAAUCUGCCAGUUAUUUGACGGGCAAAACUGAGUUUGUUUGAGAACCAAAGAGCACCGCAGUCUGGAACAAGCAAGCUGAGGCUGAACAGUAGGCCAGUCUGGAGGACGCGAGAGAGGGUGGUGUGACCUUCGAGGACAUUGCCAUCUACUUCUCCUGGAAGGAAUGGAGACUUCUUGAUGAGGCUCAGAGACGGCUGUACCAUGAUGUGAUGCUGGAGAACUUUACGCUUAUAUCCUCCCUGGGUUGCUGCUGUGGAGCAGAAGAUGCGGAGGCACCCCUUGAACAGAGCGUUUCUGUAGGUGUGUCACAGGCCAGCACGCCCAAGGCAGCUCUGUCUUCCCGGAAGACCCACCCCUGUGAGAUGUGCGGUCCGGUCUUGAGAGAUGUUUUCCGCCUGGGUGAGCACCAGGGAAAACCAAGCAGCAAGAAACUGUUGAGGUGUGGGGCAUGUGGAAAACGAUUUUACUUCAGCGUAAACUUUCAGCAGCAGCCGGACCAGCAUAUGGGAGAGAAACCAUUCAGAAGUAGUGUGGACACGGCCUCUUUUGUGAAGGAAUAUGGAUUCCAUGAUUUAGAAAAGCGCUUUACAUGUAUAGAGGUUCAGAAGGAUUUCAUGCCUGGCUCAGGGCAUCUGCAGCAAGAGGCCACUCAUACUGGAGAAAAGCCAAACACAAUCAGCCAGUGCAGGGAAACUUUACAGAGUAGUCAAGGUCAUUACACUUGGGGAGAAUGCAAGGAAGCCUUUGGUCCCGAGCAUACACCUGUUCAGGAUCAGGGUAUGCAGCCUGGACGACCGUGUUAUGUGUGCAGUGAAUGUGGGAAAACAUUCAGGUACAAAUCUUUAUUGACUAUCCACCAGAGAUUCCAUACUGCAGAAGGACAUCAGGAGUUUGGUACAGGUAGAAAAUCCAUUAGGCAAAGGUCUGUCCUUAGUCAAAAUGGAAGGGCUCACACUGGGUCUAGGCAGUACACGUGCAGCAAAUGUGGGAAAUCCAUAAGCCACAAAUCUGUGCUUCUUCAUCCCCAGAGAGGGCACAGUGGAGAAAAUGUUUAUGUUUGCAGUGGAUGUUCAAAAUCCUUUAGCCAUAGUUCAGUUUUAAUUAGUCACAGGGUUCAACCUAGAAAAAGGCCUUAUAAGUGUGGUGACUGUGGAAAAUGUUUUACCUCUAUGUCUAUUCUCAGUUAUCAUCAGAGAACUCACAGAGGGGAAAAACCUUAUCAGUGCAUGGAAUGUGGGAAGUCUUAUAUCUCCAGUACUGGCCUCCGUUAUCAUCGCAGGGUUCACACUAGAGAAAGGCCUUAUAAGUGCCAUGAAUGUGGCAAAUCUUUUUUCUCUACUUCUGACCUCCAUUAUCAUCACAGAGGUCACAGUACAGAAAAGCCUUAUCAGUGCAAUGUAUGUGGCAAGUCCUUUCUCCGAAGAAACGUCCUCAAUGCACACAUAAAAAUUCACUCAAGUGAAAGGCCUUAUAAGUGUAAUGAAUGUGGGAAAUCUUUUAAGUGUAAGGCGACAUUCAUUAAACACCAGAGAGUUCACACAGGAGAAAGACCUUAUGAAUGCAGUGAUUGUGGAAAAUCAUUUAGUACAAGUUCUGUCCUUCGUUCUCACCAGAGAAUUCACACUGGGGAAAGGCCUUAUGAAUGUAGGGAAUGUGGGAAAUCUUUUACCACUAGUUUUGUCCUCCAUAAUCACCAGAGAGUUCACACUGGAGAGAGGCCUUAUGAAUGCAGUGAAUGCGGCAAAUCUUUUACUGCUAGUUCUGCCCUCCACUAUCACCAGAGAGUUCACACUGGAGAGAAGCCUUAUGAGUGUAGUGAAUGUGGCAAAUCUUUUACCACUAGUUCUGCCCUUCAGUGUCAUCAGAGAGUUCACACUGGAGAAAGGCCUUAUGAGUGCAGUGAAUGUGGGAAAUCUUUUACCACUAGUUCUGUCCUCCAUGAACACCGGAGAGUUCACACUGGAGAAAGGCCUUAUGAGUGCAGUAAAUGUGGGAAAUCAUUUACUGCUACCUCUGCCCUCCGUUAUCACCAGAGAGUUCACACUACAGAGAGGCCUUACGAGUGCAGUGAAUGUGGCAAAUCUUUUUUCUCUGGGUCUGAUCUCCAGUGUCACCAGAGACUUCACACUGGAGAAAGGCCUUAUAAAUGCAGUGAAUGUGGCAAAUCCUUUCUCCGAAGAAACAGCCUCAAUGUACACAUAAAACUUCACUCAGGUGAAAGGCCUUAUAAAUGUAAUGAAUGUGGGAAAUCUCUGAACUAUAAGUCGACAUUCAUUCAACACCAGAGAAUUCACACAGGAGAAAAGCCUUACCUAUGCAAUGAAUGUGGAAUGUCUUUUAGUCAUAGUCGUGCCCUACGGAUUCAUCGUCACUGUCACCUUGAAAGAAGUCCUUAUGAGUGUAGUCAGUGUGGGAAAUCUUUUACUUCUAAUUCUUCCUUCAUGUCACACCAGAGAAUUCACACUGGAGAAAAGCCUUACGAGUGCAGUGAAUGUGGGAAGGCUUUCACUGCUCGUUCUCUCCUCCGUUCUCACCAGAUUGUUCAUACUGAAGAAAAGCCUUAUGAAUGCAGUGAAUGUGGCAAGUCCUUUCCCCGAAAAACUACGCUCAAUGCACACAUAAAGGUUCACUCAGCUGAACGGCCUUAUAAGUGUAAUGAAUGCGGGAAAUCAUUGAAGUAUAGAUCCACAUUCAUAAAACACCAGAGAAUUCACACAGGAGAAAGGCCUUAUGAGUGCAGUGAAUGUGGGAAGGCUUUUAUCAGUCAUCCAGCUCUUAUUUAUCACCGCAAGAGUGCACACAGGAGAAAGGCCUUAGGAGUGCUCUGAAUCUGGAAAACCUUUCAGCUAAAUCUCCAGACUUACUCAACAUGAGAAAGUACACAGUAAAAAAUGUCUUUAUUGGUGACAUGAUGACCUGAAUGCUCAUGUUCACUAAAAUUUCUAUGUUGAAUACCCAUUCUGAUGGAAUAGUAUUAACAGGUGAUAUCUUUGGGAGGUAUUUCAGUUGAGAAUGGUCAGAAGUGUGGAACACUCAUGAGUGGGGUUAAUAUCAUAAUAUCUCUAAAGCAAGUUUCCUUCCCCUAUCAGUCAUGUGAGGACCCUUGAGAAGAUGAUCUAUAAAUCAGGAAGCUGGUGCACCAGUCACAGACCCAGGCCAUAUGCGGAAUGGUAGGUCAGAUAUACAGCCUCUACAACUGGGAAACUUCUUGUUUGUUUACAAGCCCCCUCCUUUGUGAUAUUUUGUUAGAGCAGCCUGAGCUGAGACAAAUAUGAAGAAUAUGGAUAAUCUUUUGACCAAAGAUAGAGUUUUGAAAUCCGAAUUCACCUUGGAUCAGGGCCUCAUGGGUGAGGUACAUGACCAUUCCUUUAGUCCAGUGAUCUGUCUUCAUUCCACGCUCGGAGGUCACACUGCAGAAAGAAUUUAAAGUAGCAGAGAAGGUGAUGUUUCCUUGCUUCGUGUAAUCACAGUGGAGGAGAACCGUUUGCGAGGCAGACACCUACCUGAGUUGAACUUUGUUCACCUGAAUGUCCAGAGGGGAGUGGCUUACCAUAAUUUGAAGCUAUUUCAGAAAAAUACAGAAGCUGCGUUGUGCUUUUGCUGUGUUUGGAGUCCUUGCUCGAUUGAAAUCACUGCCAGUUUCUGUAGCAAAAGUCACUUCACCCCUGCCACUUGCCAGGUUCGCAUCAUGUGUAUCAGCCACCACCCACCGUGCUCAAGCAUGCUGACCUCUGCGCUUUGUCAUUGGCGACGGACAUUGUGGGUAAUUGGAACUCCUUGUUCCCUUCUAAGUCAGGACGUGGAUGUGACCCAGUGUUGACCCUCCUACCUGAACUGAGUUUGGGGUGGUGUCUUGCAGAGAGGCUGAGUCUCUUAGGACGUUGUUGGUCUCCUGAUGUUUGUGAUCAAUGUGUGCAGCACCCAAGUCGCCAGCACAGGAAUUUGGUGCCACGUUUUGCUCUGGUUUAUGCAUUAAUAAAUGCCUUUUUUGUUUAAUUACCUUUAACCUUAUGUGUUGUAUUCACUCAAAGGGGUUCUUUGAGAGCAGAAUUGGCGUCUGCCAGCAUGAAGAAGUGAACAGAUUUCAUUGCAUCCCAAACUUACUGUGUCUUGGAUAAUUGUAAAUAAAAAAAUAACUACGACACA